GCUUAUCAGCAACUUUUUCACCAAACAAGUAACUUUUGCUUUCGCGUGCUGGAUUAUAUAAUAAACAGAAAAAGUAAGAGUAUAUGGGUUUGGAUCUACGGCCACACAUUCUUGGAUAUACAACGGCCCAAACUCAUCACAUUACUGGGUCCCUUGAAGAAGUCCAGUCCAGAAUGAAGAAAUACACUUUAUGUCCGUACAACCGUACAUGUCACCUCGGCCCCAUCACCUCGUUGAUGUCCACACGCUCCCAGACAAUCAUUCAGAGGCAAGGACAACAUCAGACCCGGGAUGCACCCCUACACCUCGGCCAUUGUCACCUUGGCCAUUGGCGUGGACAAUCAUGUCCCUAUUUAUGAGGCCGAUGUUGCCAAAAUCAAGGAGUCCGGUUCCAUUGCCUUCCAGAAAUCCAAAGCUUACACUGGUGCCAUCCACACCAUGGCCAUGAGGUUUCUCCCGAGGCUCGUCGGAGAAUUUCUAGCCACCUGCCCGGACGCCUACCUGGACGGGGUCAAAUUGCUUCAGGCCACCCCCACCGGACGGCGUUUCCUUGAUGAUCUUGCCGAUGAUACCUAUCGCAAGGCGCAAAGGUCGAUUAGAGAAUGACACACGUCAAGUUCUGCUAUGCCACAUGACUCUCGCCCAUAGGAUAAUCGACACAUAAGGCUUUUUUACUCUUUGUUCAAACAACAAUUCAAUAUCUAGAAGACAGACAUAAAAUAAUUGUCUUCAUAUCUAUUUGGUACAAUCUGCAUUAAUUGGUUUGUUAUACUCCUUUCGUUGCUAAAAAGAGAUUUAGAGGCCUUUUGGCAACACUGUUUUUUGGCUUAUCAGCCAACUUUUUU